GGCGGGGACCCGGCUGGGCGGCGGGCUCGGCGGGGCGAGGGCCUCGGCGGGGUCCCUGCCGGGCCGCGGCGGUGCCGGGAGCCCAGCGCCCCCGGCCGGGCCCUGCGGACGGGGCCGCCCUGCGCCCGCGCCCCCGCGGGACGGGGGAGGCUGCGGCAGCGCCCGGCGCGGCGGCGCCACGCGUGUCUCCUCGCAAGCGGCGUCUCGGCGGCCAGAGCCAGCGGCCGCUCCCGCAGCCCGUCGUGCGGGGACGCGCGCUUCAUCCCUCCUGCUGUAGGGGCCCGAUGGCCUUCUGCCUCCAGCCCGAAUAAAGCUGCACUAGAGGCCGUUUCCUCGCAUCUUUCCCCCGUACUUCCGUGAACAGAGCUACUUUUCGAAUAUUUUUAAACAUGACCCUAGAUCUUCACUUCCCGAAAUGAGCAGCUCACGGCACAUACUAACGCUACGCUGCCAGGUCGAGUCUCCGCAGACAGCAAAGUUUACAAGUGCUUUGGAUAUACCUGUGGCGUUUGUAGAAAAGAAUGUGAAAUUGCGGGGAAAAUUACAUCACAUAACUGAGAAAGGCCUGGAAGUUGAACACAUUCCCAUUAGCAUUCCUUUCAUUACAUCGAUACAGAGAAAAUGGCAAUCAAAAGGUCUUCUGCUGGUAAGACUUGCUGGAGUGGAGUUGGCUCCAGGCAGCACGGCCUGGUUACAGCAAGAGUUAAAACCCAGACAAGUUAUAUGGUUCCAGCUUCUGGGAAGGGAGGACUUGGCACUCGAGUGCCUUGUUUUAGUAAACAAGGGUCCAUUUCUCAGCGUGUGCUUAAACGAAGAGAUCUUGAGACAAGGGCUUGGCAGAACAGCGCGCAUUGAAGGGCUACACCAUGAUUCCCGCCUGUACUGGAAACUUCAGAAAAGACUGCUUCGAGCGGAGUUAAAGGCCUUGAAGAAAAAGAAAGGAAUAUGGAAAGAAGAAAGCUACUCUGAAAGAAUUAGAGAUCGUAUAAGCAACAAUAAAUUUGUACAGACAUUGAAACAAUUUGCAAGCUGGUUAAGACGUUCUGUUUACAGGUGAACAGGGGGACUUGUUUGGAGGAAUGCCAGUUACCUACGCUAUGUGCUUUGGGUAAAGUAGAAGUUUAUGAUAAAAAAAACAGUGCCAUAAUUUUGAGGGUCCCUGUCUCAAACAGAAAACCCGUGAAGUUACCUAAUGCUGUAGUAUAAUCCACUGGUGGGAUUGAACAUCAGCAGUAGUAUGCAGGUCACAAAUUAAAAUCUUCUGAAGCCAAACUUUUCCACAAUAAUGUCCUAAAUUAGUUGUCCAGUUUUCCACCUGCUAAAUACACACACAGCUGUGUUAGCUAACUAGUGAAAGCAGUCAACAGUCCAGUUUUUAGGAGGUACAGAGUGUUAGUUCACAGUGUUCGGCUGUAAAUGCUUCUCUGUUACAUGUCAUUACUAUACAUUGCUUAGAAAAAUCCAUUUCAGACCUUCGCAAAGCUUGUGGUAUGUGUUUACACACAAGCAUUUUGUUUGAAUUCUAUUCUUACACUUUUGUCUAUAAUUUGUGUUUUAAAAAACCUUUCAUCUUGAGUAAUACGUUGCAUUGUUACCAGUAUAAAAGGUAAUUUAUUAUGGCUGAUCUUAAAAGCUGAUAAGGUCAUAACAACCAAAGUUCCUUGGAAAAAAAAAAGUCACUUGGUGUAUCAGAGUAUAAAUUAAUAUGUCAGUAAUCCAUGUUUCUAGAAGACAAUGCUCAUUUGAGGAGGAAAACUUAUGCUAUUUUUUCUGAUGGCUCUAUAAAUAUCUAAAAUUAGAUGAAAAUAAAACUUUAACAUGGUAUUUGAAAAGGUGGACCAUAGUGUGCGAAGAACUUAAACUCUCAUUCUUGUUUUGGUUUUGAAACACUUGUUAAGUAUAUGAGAGUGUAUUAUUUAUUUACAAAAUAUUAUCAGAAUAAAGAUUGAAUUUCUUGUG